CAACACUGCAUCUCUUUAUACAUCACCACCCCGAAUCGAUCUCUCGCCGUCUAGAUACCACCCGAGUCGCGCAUUAUCUACAGGGUACUCGUUGGAAAUCACCCCGCCACACUUACGCCCCUUAAUCACAUCUCCCAAUCGCAAUGGACCAGGUCAAGGAACUCGCAGAUGUUCCCCAGGAGUUCGUUCGAGAUGGCCUACAAUUCAUUAACCGCUGCACAAAACCCGACAAGCGGGAGUUCAUCAAGAUCUCACAGGCCGUUGGUGUAGGAUUCGUAGUCAUGGGCGUCAUUGGCUACGUAGUCAAGCUCAUCCACAUCCCCGUUAACAACAUCCUCGUCGGCGGGUCAUAGUCGCACGUGCCAGUCAUUUCCAGGGGUCGAGGGGGGCUUUCUUUGGUUGCCAUGGCAGAGGUUCUGUGAGAAAGGGCGCAGGAGGGUGCAUAGCAUCGGAUCAGGCUUGAAAAUGUUGUACAUUACGGACAUUCCAGAGUCAUCGGGACAAGCGGGAGUUUGAUUAUAUCCAAAAUAUACGCCAGAACCCUAUUCGAAAUCAUGCAC